GAAACUCCUCCAUGGUCAAUGGGAACCUACCAGCUAUGUAGCCGUGACGUUUUUGCUGCUGUCGUCUGCUAUCGAUGGAAAUUGGCGGCAGUUGUGAUAUAAACACCUGAUGUAUUUGGAUUGUCACCUGAGCAACGUGCGCGUGCACUGCAUAUGAUGCUGGUGAGACCUUGUCCGUAAAGUAACAUUCGUGACACUGUCCGGUUAUGGACGAACAAUUGUGACUGUUCAUUCGUUGGAUACUUUUUAUCUAUUGCAAGAUACUUAGAAUUGUAUUAUGAGUGUUCGGGGUAAUGCAUUUCUGUUCUAUCUAAAUUAUUAAAACAAGUAAGAUUAUAUCUGUUCUUUCUGAGUAUAAAACAAACGGAAUAUCAGUACAGUGUAAAGCCAGCUACUACAAUGGACCUUUAUUCUUUAAACAGUUAAAGCUGUAUUGUUUGUUUACUGUAUUGAUUGUCCAGUUUUGUUGGGGUUUGGUACAGUCGAGGACUCGGAACGCAGACAAGGAUCUACCUGCAGCUCCCAGAGAAUAUCGCUGGGUGAAUUACUGGUACCUAUGUUAGCAAUCGUUUUAACAAGAUCCAUUUGAUUUGUGAAUGUUUUAGUGCGAUGGAACUUAACGGAACGCUUAAGAACCGCUGGAAGGUGAGAGAGACUUUAACAGAUGACCGUACUUCGGCCAACUCGUGGAUAUAACCUUCUGACCACUGUCCGGCAAACACAUGGGAUGUACGAUUACCGUCUCCUCACGGAAAACCAAACCGCAAUGGCCGAUACCAAAAAUCACCACUGGCAGCAAAAAGGAAAAAGACUCAUAUGAAUAUGCAUUAGAGAAACGAGUUACCCCCAGAAAUUGGACAAAUGUUGCUGCUCCCGGUAGUGGAGGGGGAGGACGGAGAGUUCGAAAUGGGAAAACCCGCGGGGACAACUACUUCAUUGAUACUGAUUUCCCGGCCGAAAAUAAGUCUAUCUUCCGACACAAACCAAUCACAAAAAACAUUGUAUGGAAGAGGCCGAACGAGAUAUCGUUUAAUGCCGUAUUAGUAUCAGACGGAACAAGUCGACACGACAUGAAGCAGGGAGAGCUCAACGACUGCUGGUUUCUGUCUACGCUGUCCGCCAUUGCUGAAAAACCACAACUCAUGGAUAAAAUAAUUCCGAGUGACAAUACGUUCGGGACACCCGAGUAUGACGGCAGAUUCCACUGCCGGUUCUGGCAGUUCGAUAAGUGGAUUGAUAUUUACAUUGACGACCGAUUACCCACUGUGGAUGGAGAAAUAUUGUUUGCUCAUUCAUCAGAUCCAAACGAGUUCUGGGUAUCUCUUGUAGAGAAGGCCUAUGCAAAACUAAAUAAAUCCUACGAGGCGCUCGAAUACGGGUUUGAAGCUGACGCCUUUACUGACCUGACCGGGGGUCUAGCCGAAUGGUACAACCCCACCGACCUCCGGGAACAGGACUUUUAUCUUAUCCGGGCAGCUUAUCAAUGCGGAGCUGUGAUUGGCUGUCUAAGUAUUGAUAAGGAAGGGCGCACCGAGCGGGAGAAGAAAGGUAUGGUAUCGAAUCAUUCCUACGUCAUCACAGGUGUGGAGGAGAUACCGUACCUGGAUACAACGGCCAAACUCAUCCGUGUUCGUAAUCCCUGGGGGGAUACAGAGUGGAAUGGGGCGUGGUCAGACGGGAGUGAUGAAUGGGACCGGGUGAUAGAUGAUAUCAAACAAGAUCUCGAAUUGACUACACAAGAUGACGGGGAAUUCUGGAUGAAUUUUAGGGACUUCCGGCGUGAAUACUGCAAUAUGAUAAUAUGUAACCUCUCCCCCGACUUCGACCACGAUGGAAUCAGCGACAAAGCCGAAUACCAGGUCAGUAUCAGAGGAGGGUGGAGAUCUAACCUAAACGCUGGUGGCUGGCUGGAGUGUGAGACGUUCCACUCAAACCCACAGUAUAUAAUAAACCUUCACCCAGAUGUGAGCGUCCAGCGCAGGUUCAAUGGCCGCCUGCCACUAGUCGUGUCCCUUCUCCAAGUCUACCGCCGUCAGGAUAAAUUGGACGGAAUUGGACUCUAUGCAAUAGGAUUUGAAGUUUUCCAGUUGUUUAACCGCCCGACUGGAGUGUUGAAUAAGAUGUUUUUUGAUAGAACUGAUCCACUAAUGCCUGAAAAUGAGGAGACGUACGCGGAAUACCGGGAGACUUCCGGUAGAUUUUUCCUUGACCCCGGCCAGUACUUACUGGUUCCUACGUCACAACUUCCGAACCAGGACCGAGGCUAUCUUCUUCGUCUCUUUACUGUCAGCAAAAUGCAAUGCUCACCGUUAGGGAAUAUUAUAGAAGGGACCGAACAGUGGGAUUUAUAGCGGCCAAUGAAAUGCUUAGAGACUUAACGACUGUAAACCGGAUGGGGCAAUAUGCAGCUUCGCCAAUUCAGACUUUGUAUAGCAAAACAAACAUGACGUGGAUGUUAACGGAUUUUACGGAACAGUUUCAAAACCCAACAGUUCGCACUGUUGAAAGGCCGGUUUUAACUGCUGAAAUAUUAGAAAGCAAUCUACAGAAGUGACAAGUAACCCGAUCUUAUUGAGUGUAGGUGAUCUAGGGUAGAUAUUGGUCCAGAACUUAAUAGAUAAACAAGACGGACAGGGAAAAGAACGGUGGCACGUGCAAUGACAUCAUCGUAAACAUAACAACCGUAUCCAGAGUGACAUGGAUGUCAAUUUCGGUACAUUCCGCCUUUCGUAAUCGGAUUGUGGAUCAUUCUGGUAUGUCUCUCCUGUCAAUAUAACCGGUAUGCGUGAUUACCUACUUCCGAACACAUCUCUUUAACACAAUAAGACAGUCUGAUAAACGUCGCAUACCUUUGAAAAGGAUAGGACCUUUGAACGAUUUCCAUCUAAUUUCUUUCGGAUUAGAAUCUACUGGAAAGAAAACAGAACUAAGACAAAUUAGAACAUUGCCUGAUUUAGAAUUGACGUACAUUUAUGUAUAGUUAAUGGAUAAACACGAUUGGAGUGAGAAACCAUGAAUCUAAUACGUUUUGGCGUAUAUCGAUUUUUAAAUCUAAUGUUAUCUGCUAGAUCAAAGAAAAGAGAUUUUUUUAUAACUCGAGUGGUUUCUUAAUCAUCUCCCAUGUUUGUGUUACUGUUAUAUGGAUAUACUUGCGAGUGGAAUUUGUUGAGUCUUUUAAGUUCUCAAAUAUUCAGGAGUUCAAUUCUUGCAUUACAAUUCCGCAAAAUUUAUCCGCAAAAAUGUCCGGAAAAAAUUCUAGUUCUGCAGUAUAUCCUUCCACAAAUGUUAAAUGACAUUGCAUCUCCAUAUAAUGGCGGCAAUUUGCUUUGAUGUUAUUGAUAUGUUAUAACGUAGAUACCAUUAUACAUGAUAACGCUGAUACAUGAAAACGCUCAAUUAUAACUACUGAUACGCUGAAGAAAAGCUUGUCCGAACUGCUCAUACUUGUGUAAAAGGGUGUUUAGUGUCUUUUUGUCUUUCAAAUAAACUGCUCGUCUCUUAGUAAGAUAUUUUAUUAUAUCCCUAUGUACCAAACUAGCAAGUGUAAACACCUAGUCCUAUUUUGGCGCUUCUUUACUGACUUUGUUAUGUAUAUUUUUCAGAAAUAGAGAUAUAAGGAUAUGUUUCUCCAGAAAUCUUGUAAAAAUUACCAUUUUUCCUCGAAAUUUAGAAAUACAAGACAUCAUUUCUGAAGAAAAAGUAAUAUGCGGAUAAUACAUCUAUCAACCUUGUAGAGUUGAGUUGAGACAUUAAUUUCCAGAGCGCAAACCGUCUCUUUGUAUGAGGUAUUAAAGUUAACGGAUACGUUCUGGAAAUUACGUGGUGGUAUACAAAUAUAAAGAAAGUCCUUAUCCAUGUCAAGUAUACCAUGGAUACAUAAACUGAUACCGUUAGGUAUGUUUGAUAGAAAUUAAUUUUGAUUUUAUAUGAACUAGAACUAUUGGUUACGUUUAAAAGUUUGAAACACAGGAUGUGUUUUCGCUCCCAAAUGAUCACUUGUUGCGAACGUCAGUCAAUGAGUAGAUGAUAGGAUAUGUCUGCUUAUUACAGGUAAUAUAGAUUGUUUAUUAUAUAUCAUUAUGUAUAUAGAUCUAUAGAAUAAUGAAUUAUGUUAGUUUAAGCUUGUGUCUUCCAAUAUAGUUACAAUAUAGCAUCAGAAAUGUAUAUGUAACUGAUUACUUCAAUUUUCAAUAUCGGUACAAGGAACAUACCAAGGAACAUAUUUUGGUCAUUCCAAGCCCUUUAUAUAUCUUUUCACGUUAUUUGAUAUAUUUAAGGAUUAAGUUAAAUGUAUUCAAAUUCAUCCUUAUAAUUUGAUCUGGUGUACAGACUCUCUGUGAAAAUCUACUUCUAUACAGUAUCAGCCAAUCAACGUGGUCGUCCAGACAGAGGGUUUCCGUGCGAUAACUCAAAUUCCCUCGGGCUGAUCAAACUCAAUUUUCAUCCAGAUCUUCCUAACAACAAGUGCUUGCUUGGAAUUAAUUUUCAGGUCCGAAUGUCAAGGUCACUGUUACUAAAAUAAGAAAAUAUGUUUCCAUGUAAUCACCCAACAUUCUGCGAAGGCAACAAAUCCACUUCCGUAGAAUUCUUGUUACGUUACAGGAUGAUAACAUAAUUUUUUAAGUCAAUAAAAUCACUUGUUACAAGCAGGAUUAAAACAUAACGCUAGGAAUAAGAUGUGUUCAAUAGAUAAUAUCAAUGCUAUACCCCAUUUGGGUUUUUUAGAUACUUAAAUUUUAUCGAUUUGAUUCAUUAUAUCAAUCUAGAAAGAAAAAUCUAACAUUUUUUUAUUCAUGCUAUGCAUGAACUGGUGAUAUUGUAAUUAAUCGUCUACUAAUAUGAACGACCAUUUUUGUCAAAUCUAGUCGUGGCGUCCUACUUAAAAGAAGACAUUGGUUGUAAGACAAAAACGUCUCGUUAGAUGUGCAGUCUGCACAUGCUUUGAAAAAUUGUUCUAACAAUAUAGAUAUUUCAUACGCAUACUUAUGACCAUAUUUAUCAAAUCAGCAAAAUAUGACCAGCCGGAUAUUCGCAAGGACAAAUAGACUGCAAUAAUCUUGUACUAAUCGCGCAAUACAUUAUAGCUUGAAAGAAUUUCCCAGAAAAUAUUACAACCUGUCGUAAUUUUACCGUAUUUCUUUCUUAUCAACAUAAUUUUUGUGCGUAUGUAAAAUUAAAAUCAAAAAUUUGUAGAAGGCCAAAAAUGAAUGUUUUGCUCAUACCUACUUUAUAUUUGCACUAUUACCCAUCACAUUAUCUAGCUGGUGGUAGGCCUUAUAGUUGCUUGUUUGUAAAUGAAAUUGUCUGAUUAUAUUAAUCAUGAUUUAUAUUGAUAAAGACUAUGCACAAAUGUAUAUAUUUUAUGUUUAUACUUCUACUGCUCACAAUAUCAUGUGCUCUUUUUAAUUAGAAAUGGCAAUGCAUGUUGAUUAAGGAUUAUUUCAUGAAUUAUAUAAAACUGAAGCUUAAACGAAAGUAUUAAUCAACUAAAUAUCAUAGUAUUAGUUUAAGGCAGAUAUAUGGCAUAGACUUCACACAGAUGUGUUACAGAAUAAAUAACAUUCAUUUCUGAGCUACAGUUGAUAUUUCAGUAAGAUUUUAUUUGAACUCUAAUUAAAUUACCCAGACAUUUUGGAAAAGUAGCUAGUUGUAAAAUCAACAAAUAAUAAAUAAUAAAUGCUCAUUUAGUAAUUUACGUCAUAUUUUAUUAUUGAUGAUUUCUUUUUCAUUUUUGAAAUGUAUUACUGGAAUACCCUUCAUGUGAACAGCGUUCCACGGGAGACUACCCAUAUAGAAUGAUACGUAUCUCUAACGAAGCGAGAUAUUUUAAUGCAAAUUUGUUAUUUGACAAAGUAUCCUGUGUUCUACACAUAUAAUUCUAGGUAUGGUUGUCUCACAUAGUAAAUACAUAAUUGUCCAGAAUACGAGAUAUCCGUUUAAACAAUAGUUCACACUCAUGAUUGUUAUUUGUGUGUAUAUAUACAUAUAUACAGUAUAAAAAGCAUGAACUGGCCUUCUCAUAGUUAACAUAUAAAUGAAGGGAUCCCUUUCUCUAGCGCUCUCACAUCCUUUCGUAGUUUUUGAAGGAAUCGCUUUUUAUUUUGUUAACAAUCAUAUGACACUACAUCACACAAGACAAAGGCAGAUAACGUCAUACCAAACACUUCGUUAUACUGUCACAACAUCCUUAUUACCAAACAACAAUAGCUUUUUGAUUUAAUCGUCAUUAAUCAAAUUAUAUUUCGGUGACACGAUUAACGUCACAAGAUGAUAUUGCAACAAUGAUAUAUACCUUAUCGUUUGUCCUUGCAAUUCAUCGAUACAUUUCUAACAAUAUUUGUCCAUCUACCGUAGUUAGCUCUAGAAUUAUAGAAAGGCAGGUUACAACAAAACCUAUCUACUAUGUUCUGUUACUGAACGUUUUAAUAUAAAUUAUCAAUCCUAUACACACAGGUAUAUCAAGCGCAGCACAAACAAUAAAAGCAAAAUAUCAUGUUUUCAUACAUAAUUCUAUACACAGUGUACACACAGAUAUAUCUACUGCUGAAGAAGUCACAAAGAGAGAGAGAAAAAAUGCCAUGUAAAUAAAACUUAUCACCAUUCAUUCAAAUUGUACUAAGGAGAAUUCAGAUGUUCUAUCAAUGUGCUUAACAAAAUUCUUAUUGAUUCCUCAAGCGCAAAAUGAAAAAAAGGAGAAAAAUCUGAGAAAGUGGGGAUCCCUUUAUUUUGUUUGUUUUUUUAAUUUUCGUUUAAUGGGGGACGAAGGAGCUGGUUUAUUUAAAGGAUAUUAGAUAAGAACAGUUUUUGAUUUAUCCUCUUACAAUAUGAUUAUUAUUCUUAUAUUGGUUGAUUCAGUUCAACCAAUAUAGGAGUUAUUGUUCUUUUUAAAACAACAUUAUAUUGACUACAAAAGGAACUGUACCCUUUUAUGUGAAUAAAAUUUUCCUUUGAAAGAUUU